AUGCUGCCUGGCUAUUGGGCUUGGGCUCGGCCAUUCAGGAGCCUGCCAAAGAGCUGGCUGAAGGCUCUUUGCUUGCGCAACAUCAGCGACCACAUGACGCGUGCCAAGGAGCCGGAGCCGGAGGUCCUGGAGCCUCUGAGCAAAGCGCGAGAAGUUGAAAGUGCAGAAGCCGAGAGCACACGAGAAGCCGAGAGCCCUCGGGACACCGACAGCCCAGCCGCGAAGACCGUUGAUCAGGAGGCAUCCUACAUCGAAGGGAGCACCUCAAUGGGAGAUGGUGAGGCCCACAUCGGCAAUGGCAACGUGGAGGAAACCCGGAUCAUCUGCGAGACCGACCCGAAUGAGGUGAUAGCCUGGAGGGAGCUCUUCUUCAAGCUUGGAGAGGUUGAUGAGAAGCCAUCGUCCUCUUCAGCGUCUUGCCUGCGAUGUUGGGUGGAACGAGUCAUUUCUGCAAGUGCUAAGCAAGAAGGCACCCUUUGGUUCCUGCCUUCCUGCGAAGCAAAGACCCAGCAGGCUCCGUCGGAACACGGCACCUGGGGUCAGAAGGGCUCUCUGGCUCGCCUGUUGCGGCGCGAGGGCCUGGAGAUGCCGACAUUCCUCCGAGCGCGUGCGAAGCACACGAGUCUGACCGAUUUGGUGGGCCCCGUAGCCGCCGUGGUGCUGGCUGAUCCAAAACAUGCAUCACUUGAGUCGCGAGGGAACCCUGCUAUAGAUGGGGAAGGUUUCCCAGGACAUCAUGAGCAGAUCGCAAGGCCUGGAGCCGUCGUGCUCGGGACAGCCGCCCUGCUCGUGGCGACCAAGCUGGUAGAUGUCGCCUGCUUCAUUCCUCCUGCAGCCCCUGGCCUGCGCCAGUCAGAGACCGGACAAAAUCUGAGACUCUAA